AUAUAAACUGAAUGCCAUAUGAAAAAAUCAUCUUAGACCAUUGCCAUUUCAUGAAAAUGGAAUUUCCUUGCUUAAUGAUCCUUGUUCUCCCUCUGUUCAUCUAUUCUCUCUUUCAUUAUCUCCAUUUUUGUGGUUCCAUCUUUCUAGAGAGGUAAGACUUAACUUUACUUCUUUUAUAAUUAUUUCUUUUACUCUUUCACAUGCUUUCAAAUUCUUUAAUGGAAGCUAUUUUCCCUGCUAAACCCAUCAAAACUGAUUUAGCAUACUGAAAAACACUAUUUAUUUCUCUGGAAGUGAUUGAUUUUAGGAAUUUUGGUGUAUUCACUUGAGUUAUAUCAUUCAGUUUGAUUUGAUUGGAAUUUGUUGCAAUAUUUUCCGGUUUUUGGGUAGAUGGAUCUACCUCCUAGGGUUCAAGAGUACUUAGGAAUUACAAAUGGAAAUAAUUUACAGGCAUUUAAUGAUCAUACAUUUCCCUUAUGUUCAAAUAAUGGUCUUGUAAAUGGAUUACCCGAUUUGAGGAAUGAACUAGUGAUUAUGGGUCAUGAUAAUAACAUUAACAAUACUGGUAGUGAUAUUAGUGGGUUUAAUUACAUGUUCCGUAAUGAUCAAAGUGCAACAAAUUCGAAUCUAUCAUCUAUUUCUGGUGUUACCCAUGAAGGGAAUUUGCUAGAAGAUUAUGAUUUCUCAGAUUCUAUUUUAAGAUUUAUAAAUCAGAUUCUUGUGGAGGAAGAAGUAGAGGGUAAGGGAUGUAUGCUUCAGGAAUCUUUGCAACAUCAAGCUCUUCAAGAUGCCGAGAAAUCCUUGUAUGAGGUCAUUGGAAAGUCGUACCGGCCUCAACUUGAUUCUCAAGCAAAUACGACUUGCUUUUCCCCAAAUUUUAACAACCCAGAAUGCUAUUUUUCUGAUGAUUACUAUAGGUGUAAGUUUGGAAUUGGUGAAAGUAACAACCUAUCGGUUGAUCCCGAUUGGGCUUAUGGAAGAGGUGGUUAUUGUGCUAUAGGAUAUGAGAAUGCUUGUACUCCUUACCAACCCCUAGUGUCCUCAUCUGCUGUUAACUAUGCCAUAAAUGGGGGGUUAAUGGAUUCUCACUUAACUGAAAAUCUCCCUUGGGGUCUAGAAAUGAGUGCUGAAAGUAGGUCUAUAUCUCAGUUUACGAAGGGAAUCGAGGAAGCGAGCAAGUUUCUUCCUAGUCAUAGUAAAUUAUUAGGCAUUGCUGAGGCUAAUGGACUACCCGAGAGGUUUAAGGAAUCGUCUGCAAAUCCAGGAGUGAACAAAGAUGAAGAUGACAUUAGGGAUGAAAAUCGUGUUAGAAAGCAUUCUGUUGCGGAUAACCUGGAUACGGAAGAAGAGAGGACUACGAAACUGGCUGCUGUAUUUGAUGAUUCUAAUGUGCGGUCAGACAUGUUUGAUCAGGUGCUAUUGCAUCAUGGUGGUGACAAAAACGAACUUGUGGCUUCUCUUAGAACAACCUUGCAGACAGCUGCGACCAUGAAGACUGAACAAAGCGUUCAGUCGAAAGGAUCUGUUGGUGGUAAGGGUCGUGGCAAGAAACUUGGUGGAAGAAAAGAAGUGGUGGACUUAAGGACACUUCUUUCGAGUUGUGCGCAAGCUGUUGCGACUGAUGACCGUAGGACUGCAAAUGAGUUGCUAAAGCAGAUCCGACAGCACUCAUCUCCUCUUGGUGAUGGGAACCAGAGGUUGGCUCAUUAUUUCGCUGAUGGGCUUGAGGCUCGUCUGGCAGGCACUGGUAGCCAGAUUUAUAAAGCACUUACUAGCCAAAGAACAACUGCAGCAGAUGUGUUAAAAGCUUACCUUCUCUACCUUGCAGCAUGUCCAUUUAGGAAGCUGUCCAAUUUUUUCUCCAACAAAUCGAUCGCAAAGCAAACAAAAAAGGCGUCGAAAAUCCAUAUCAUUGAUUUUGGCAUCCUUUAUGGGUUUCAGUGGCCAACUUUUAUUCAAAGACAAUCAAUGAGAGAGGGCGGGCCGCCAAAAAUCAAGAUUACUGGCAUAGAUUUUCCUCAACCUGGUUUUAGACCUGCAGAAAGGGUUGAGGAGACAGGACGUCGAUUGGAAAAUUAUGCUCAGGAAUUUAGAGUUCCUUUCGAGUAUCGUGCAAUAGCAAAAAGAUGGGAUGCCAUUGAGCCAGAAGAUUUUGACAUUGAUGAGGAUGAGGUGCUUAUUGUUAAUUGUAUCUAUAGAUUGAAGAAUUUGCCUGAUGAAACCGUCUCUGUUGAAAGUUCUAGAAAUAUUGUUCUCAAAAUGAUUAGAAAACUCAAUCCUGCUCUUUUCAUCCAUGGUGUGGUUAACGGUGCCUACAGUGCGCCCUUCUUCGUGACCCGAUUUAGAGAGGCUCUUUUUCACUUCUCAGCACAGUUUGAUAUGCUGGAAACCGUGGUGCCUUGUGAAUAUGCUGAAAGAAUGCUGAUUGAGAGAGAUCUUCUUGCCAGAGAGGCCCUCAAUGUCGUAGCUUGUGAAGGAUGGGAGAGGGUUGAACGGCCAGAGACGUACAAGCAGUGGAAGAUCCGUACGAUUAGAGCUGGUUUUACACAGCUUCCCCUUGACUCAGAGAUCAAGGAGAGGGCUUUGAUGCUAGUGCACUCAGCUUACCACAAGGAUUUCAUAAUUGAUGAAGACAAUCGGUGGCUGCUUCUGGGAUGGAAAGGGCGUGUACUCUUUGCUUUAAGCACAUGGGAACCGAAAUAAAAGACUCGUAGCAGUAAAGAACCAAAGCCAGCUUUAAAGGAGCACAUCUUUUCUCCUGUGCUAAUGCUGACAUAGUGAUUAGAUCAGAUACAGUCAUCAAGCCUUCUGAAGCGAUGCCUAUGCUGAUGAUGAUGAUGUAUUGGGUAAUGAUCCAACCACCCUCCGCCUUAAACCCGAGGUGGCAAGAAUCAUGGACAAAGAGGUUGGGUUGCUGUUUCAUUAGGGAUUAUGGGUAAUCUCAUUAGUAUACUUGUGGAUUGCGGGGCGAGCAAGGGGAAGUGAAGUGAUUCUUGGAGACAUCUCUAAUAUCCACAUUAUGAGAGUGGUGGUAUUUCUACGGUUCUACCAAUGGUGGGCUGCUUUCGAGAACAGUUGAACAAUGGAUGUGGAUUCAAUUUGAGAGUUGGAGCAAGUACCUCAAUCCCCAGACAAGGUCCACCAGACUCUCCCAUUCCCUCAGCCUACUCUAGAAUCAAAAAAAGGUGGCCUAUUCAAAAAUAUGUCUUAUCUUUUUUUGAAAUGAAAUCAUUUUACCUAUCACCUGCAGGAAAAGCUUGUAGUAACUCCAGAUUUUCUGAUGCAAGUCACUGAUUUACUGUCACAUUAUCACCAUAAGGACUUGUGAUUUCUAGUCGCGUAUGUUUUUCGACUGAUCAAGCUCAUAUACGUUGACGGGCAGACACUUGGGGUUCCUGUUGAUGGACUGGUGCAAGCUGCUGAAUCAGUUUCGGUAAUUCCAGACCUUUUUGUUAUUCUCAGUCAUAACUCAUAAGAAUUUGCAGUUCGAUUGAAAAUUGUUUGCGCUUGCGAUUUCCUCAAGGCUCAAAGUAUCCGUGGAGACCACAGCUUCCCCCUCACCUUCAUAUGCAGCUGACGUGACUUCCAAUCGGCUCAAUACGCUGGUCAUUUCUAACUCAUCUAACUUGGCUGGCGAUUGGAUGUUUUAAACUCUUUUGAUCGGUUCUAAGCCUCUGAAAAAAUCGCCGAUAUAGAUGCUACUAACCGCACACCUAUAAGAAUGGGAAAACGACAAUACAUCGUCUAAAGGAUGCCUAAGAUGUUGAUGUCACAAAUUGGAAGAACCUCUAGUGGUAGCCUUGUAGGCACCAUUUCCAAAAUGGAAACGAAGUCGUAAGACAUCCCACCAUGGCUUAGCUUCUUCAAAAUACGUUAAAGUUUUUUGGAUAGACAGAUCAAUGGCAUUAAGAAUCCAUUAGACCAACACAACUCCCAACAAACAAAGCCAAUCUUGCACCUUAUGAUCAUUGAUUUGCUUUAACUAAAUUAAAACUCCAACAAACCAUCGAAGAAAGACAAAGAAUGUACUUAUAAUUGUCACCGCAGAACCUGAUUGAAGUUUUGCUGUUUAUGAAUCUAUCAUUGUACUGUCAAAGUAAAGCGUGUGUUCGGCAAAUGGCUAUGUGGUUUAUUAGAGGAUGUUUGAGGAGUUUCGAUAGCUAUGGAAGGCGGAAAAAUCCGCCUUUCAUACGUUCCCCUCCUUCCUUCCUUUGCAUUACUCGUAUUUGGUUAACAUUUCAGUUAAUCAAAUAACAAAAGAAAAUGUUUGAUAAAACGGCUUUUAAAUCAAAACUUAAAAACUAUUAUGAGUAAGCUGGAUAAUUCUAAAGUGGCACCACAAUCGUACAAUUUCAGUCGCAUACAACUACUAGUUGACUCAAUUAACUGAUUUAAUGGCUAGCAAAUCAUCAACCAACAAGUAUUUGACAAAGAACCUUGAAUUAAAAUCCACAGUCCACAGAAUACUCAUAUGGCUCGUUUGGUCGUUGUUACUAAGUAGUGGUGAUGAGGAUGAUUUCUGGUGUAAAUUUUCAUGAAACUUACCAUGCUAUUUCCAUGGUAAUCGAAAGUUUAUCAUAAAAAAUUAUUCACAAUUUACCACCUAAUACCACGUAUAAAAAUAGUAGUGCGUUGGAAUUAUUUUUGUCAAGAAAAUAAGAUGAAUGAAGUAAAACAAGUAUGAGUGCAUGACCAAAUUGUCAUCGGACUUUCCCACUAAAAUUAUGCUAAAUUUUAUUAUCAUUUCCACGAUUUAAUAUCAAUAACCCAAUGAAUCGAACAUGUUUUUCCAAAAAAAAAAAAAGGGAAACAC